GGGCGCGGGUGGAGGCGCCUGGAACCGCGGGUCGGGCGUGGGCGUUGUGGACUGCAGCUUCCGGAGCCGCUGCCAGCCCGGAGGGGAGGCAAGGCGGGCAGCGCGGGCCGUUUCCCUGCCUCUUCCUCUGCCUCGUUUCGGCCGCCUCCCGCCUCUCAGGGUCGGGGUUGUCUGUCCCCUUCGCUGUCACAUCCUCCGCACCCAGCGCGUGGAAGGUGCUCCAUCACGGUGACACACAGGUGCCAAGCAGGCUGGCGUCUGGGAGGAACUUUGGAGCCGGCUUUCCCUAGGCCCUGAGCUUGGCCCCAUCCGUCCUUACCCUGGUGACCCUGGGCAGGUCACUGACUCUUCGGGCGCUUUGGCAUCCUCGUUUGAAAGGGGCUGUUAUCCUUCAGGCUUGCUGGUCAGUGAGGGUGAGAGGGAUCUGUGCACCUAGCACCGUGCAUGGCACGUGGUAGGCGUUUGGUACUUGGGAAUUGCUGUUGGGGUGUCACAGACACUCCAGAAAGUUCUCGGCUUCAGUAAGCGCGUCCCCUGCCAGGCGCCCUGGCUGUGCAGAGAGGAGUCCCUGAGCUCCGCCUUUGACCAGCGUGCAGCUGGGAGAGUGAGAUCAGAGACCACAGCAGAUCGUGGCGCUGUGAUCAGGGGUACACUGAAGCUGUGGGUCCCUGAGCCCAGCCUUGAGAUCCCAGGAAGGCCUGCAGCCUGAAAGGGGCCUUGAAAGGUGCAUUGUUUCUCUGAAAAGCAUCGCCCAGGUCAGAAUGAAAGGAAACUCUCUGUGCAGACCGCUGUAUGUGGGACCUUGAAGAUGGUCAAAUAGUGUUCAAUUCUAUAGCAAGCAGAUUUUCUUGUUCCCUCUGGAGAACACAGUUUUUGGGGAUCUUCUCUGGAUCAAGAAAUGGUGGUGAAAAAUGUUUCGCAAAGGCAAAAAACGACACAGUAGUAGCAGUUCCCAAAGUAGCGAAAUCAGUACUAAGAGCAAGUCUGUAGAUUCUAGCCUUGGGGGUCUUUCACGAUCCAGCACGGUGGCCAGCCUCGACACAGAUUCCACCAAAAGCUCAGGACAAAGCAACAAUAAUUCAGAUACCUGCGCAGAAUUUCGAAUAAAAUAUGUUGGUGCCAUUGAGAAACUGAAACUCUCUGAGGGAAAAGGCCUUGAAGGGCCAUUAGACCUGAUAAAUUAUAUAGACGUUGCCCAGCAAGACGGAAAGUUGCCUUUUGUUCCUCCAGAGGAAGAAUUUAUUAUGGGAGUUUCCAAGUAUGGCAUAAAAGUAUCAACAUCAGAUCAAUAUGAUGUUUUGCACAGGCAUGCGCUCUACUUAAUAAUCCGGAUGGUGUGUUACGAUGAUGGUCUCGGGGCAGGAAAAAGCUUACUGGCUCUGAAGACCACAGAUGCAAGCAAUGAAGAAUACAGCCUGUGGGUUUAUCAGUGCAACAGCCUGGAACAAGCACAAGCCAUUUGCAAGGUUUUAGCCACUGCUUUUGACUCUGUAUUAACAUCUGAGAAACCUUGAAUCCUGCAAUCAAGAAGUCAACUUCCUCUGAAAGUUCAGCUGUUUUCAAUCUGCAGUGCUGAAGUGUUAUGCAAAGAAUGAAGUGAUCCCUUGCUCUAGGUUUUCUGAAGAAAAUGGAUUGUGUAAAAUGCUGACCAUUUGUUUAUUAAAAUGUGUCAUAUUACAGUGAGUUAACUCUCAAUGAAGUCAUCUACUUUCUGGGAUAAAAAAAACUUCAUUUGUCUUUUUCAAGUUCAAAUAAGCUUAACCUAAGUGUCACAGAAGCCUAGGUGACCCAGGGGUCCAUUCAGUGACAAACACUGAAGGCCUGCCUGAGGAAGACUGAUGACAUGUGUUCAGCAGUGGCUUCCCAGUGACGUGGGAUCACUGGCAUGGACCUCUCUCCGGCAGAGGUGUGGACAGGAGACCAGGAUUCAUGCUGGUUUGGAACAGUGACCUUGGCAACUUAAGACACACAAAGUAGAUUUUCAGAAGUGUCUGGUCAAGAUAACAUGCUGGCAAACACAAUUCUUAGAGUUAAGAGAACCUUAAAGGAUUACCGCUCAUGCUAAAAGUAGUAUGUGAAGGAUCUCAUGUACAGUAUGAUAGUGUACUUUUUUUUAAAGGACUGUCAAUAUAUAAAACUUUAAAGAUUAAAAACAUUAAAAAUAAAA